GCUCCGCACUUUAGUAUUGGUACUCAGCACCAUGUGAAAAAUCUUUAAAAAAAACGAAUAUAUAUUUCAUUGGUGUGCUUGCCUUUACGACAUGGAUGUUGCAGGAAGUUAAAAUUAAAGUGUUGCUUCGCUGGAAGAAAACUGAAUGAUUGGGUCUUAUAACAAAUGCGUCCCCCUCCCCCCCACCACGGAAUCUUCCUUGGUGAUGAGUGCAUCAUGGAUCGUAAAAAAGCUACAUAAAUAUCCGGAGCUGUGCUUCUCUGCCAGUCCGAUACUAACACAGAAGCCUUACUGUCUAGUGUACUACUAACACACUGCUCUGUGAAAAUUUUAAGUAUAGCAUGCAUUUAACUAUUACUCUAAUUUGCGUGAUCGACUUUUGCAAGAGACUGACUCGAAGGAGCUGCGUUCGAAGGUUAAGCUAAAACCGCUGCAGAUGCUGAAGUGAAUGCAGUUCAGUUCUUCGGUAGCGGAACAGCGUUAGCCCACUAUGUCGCGAUACGUAGUAUCUUUGUCUCUGUGUUUGUGUAUAAAAUGGAUUCUGUGCGGCACGGUGAGCGUUCCGAAGCUGACAGAGCUUACGGAGGACAGUUUUGCCCGCACACUACGGUCUGGGAAAACGUCCUUCCUCUACUUCGGCAACCAAGUCAGUCCAACUAUUGGUCUCUUCCUGGAGCAGCUGGAAAAGUCAGCAGAUGCCCUGCAAGAUUAUGGCAUUUUGGUGGCCAAGGUAAAUUGCAGCAAAAUACCAGUUUUGAAGUACUGCACCAAUGAAAAGGUUAUGAAAAAAGCUUACUUGUUCCGUGGCUCAGAUCUACUGAAGACCUUUGGGACUGACACCGUAUUUGAUGUCAAUGCCAUUGUUGCACAUGUUCUUUUCACCGUGCUUUUUGAUGAAGUGAAGAGCGUGGAGACCCAAGAGGAGCUGCGCAACAUUGAAAGGGCAGUGAAGGGCAGAGCUGACAUUGUGCUUGCCCAGCUGCCAAUGCUAGGCCUGCCAGAGCACCGGGCAGUGAUGGAGGCUGCCUUUGUGUACGGGGCCAAACAUCAGUUUGUGCUGACGAAAGGAGGCUCUCUGGAACGCUUGGGCAUAGAAGAUCCAGACUCUCCUGGGUCACACUUGUGGUUCCUGCAUUGUAGGGAGGUCCUGCGCCAGUCUGAUCCAUGCCAGCACACCACGCUAAAGAAACCCCUCACCACACUGAAUGUCUACACCUUCCUGCAGCUGAUGGAAACUCCACUGGUGACAGAGGCGUCGGUGGACCCCUCAGACGUAAAAACAGUCGGGAGCCACCUGCACGCUCCCCUGCUGUUUCUUUUCUCCCAGAGAGAGACCCUGGCGCUUGACCGGGUCACUGCAGAGACACUGGGGUGGAGACUGCGGGGGGAGGUGGCUGUGGUCCUCAUCCACAGGGACAGCGCCGAUGUGAGAACUCCAGUGGAAUACAAUGCAGCUUACAGGCUACCAGCAGAGGGUUCAGUAAUAAAGUACUUCAACUUAAAAAGCAUUGAAGAGGUGGUGAACCUCUUCAGAGAAGACACAGUCCAGGAAGAGGAGGAAGACAUUGAUGAAGACUGGGCUGUCCUUGAUGUCCUGGAUGAUGAAGUGGUGGAGUCUGUGUAUCGGGACAGAGAUGUGGAGCUGGACGUUGGACUGGUGACAGAGCUGACGUCAGACACUUUCAGCAAAGCCGUCCAAGAAAGCAACACUGCUGUGGUGCUCUUCUUUGUCAGAUGGGAUGCCGCGUCCUUGGCUGUCAUGCAGUCUUUUAAAGAAGUUGCUGAUGCAUUGGAAGACAUUGCGGAUGUGCAGCUCGCAUGUGUGGACUGUGGGGAAUGGACAGAUGUGUGCAGCAGCCAGCUGAUCGCUGCCUUCCCCACCGUGAGGAUGUACUGGUCCGGGGGGUUGCCGCACACCUACACGGGCAUGCUGGGAACUGAGAGUCUCCUCAAGUAUAUUAUGCUGAGCCUUGCAGCUGCCCCUGUGCUCCUCUCCUCCUCCCAGGAGGUGCAGUCCUUCCUUCAGGGCGACCUGUUCCAUACACAGGCAACACUCUCCCCCACCAGAGUUGUAGGUCUGCUAAGCUCCAGUCAGGACUCAGGAUGGCCCAUGUUUGAGGGUGCUGCACAGGCAUUGAGGGGUGAGACGUUACUGGGGCUAUUUGCAGACCAGCAGGCUGAGCAAUGGGCUAAAGAUCACAACGUGAAGCUACCAGCUAUUCUGGUGUUCAGGGCUCCUGAUUCCACCAUUAAGGCCCAUUCUCUUCAGCUUUCCAGCACUGAACAGCUGGUCUCAGACAUCCAGAAGUUGCUGCUGGACACAUUUCCUGAGCUCACUGUGGAGAACCUGCCCCUGUACCUGGAGCUCAGGAAACCUCUACUUCUGCUCUUCCUGGGUCCUGAAGGAGAUGAAGAGCAGGGUCAGGGCCUGGACCGUCGGGAUGCCAGGGAGGAGCUGCACCGUCUGGCCGACACCAGUUUGCUGGACACCUAUGUGCCUUGCUGGGUACAUCUAGGUCGGACCCCGGCAGGGAGAGCCGUGUUGGAGUCAUACCUGGGCUCUAUUCCCCAACUGCCUGCCCUGGUGCUUUCCCAGCUGGCCUCGGGGGGAGAGGUAUUCCAUUUUCCUUCAGAGAGCCCUCUAAAUUCCGACACUGUUCUGCAGUGGCUGCAUAGAGUUGAACGGAAGGAGGAGCAGCCGGCAGGGUUGGUUUUGGAUGAAAAAUGGGGGCCCUCAGUGCCUUUCUAUGACUUCUUGUCCAUCAUGGACCAGGAGGUGCCAGGGUAUGCUGCUCAGAAGACACCCAAGAUGACUAAAAACAUGGUGGGGGAAAAAGGAUCAGAUGAAGAGCCAGGUCAUAGCAACAGAACUCCUAGCACCAAGAAGCACAUGCCACAACAAGAGGUGCCAACAUCCCAUCAGCACUCUGAAUUCUGAACCAUGGAGGAUGCCAGGCUAUUUGAAGUCCAAAGAGAAGAGUCCCAACACCACUUUACGCUGGCAAAGUUUUGAUCCAGAAAACUUUCAUUGUGGUCUACCACUUCAUUUUGUUUUUGUUCUACAUUCCUCCUAUGUAUGGAAUAUAGGGCAAGUAGAAGUUUUGCAGAAGUGUUAAGGAUGCUCAGUUCAUCCUUCUGUUCAGUAAAAAAAGAAACUCAAAUUUUAAUUUCUACUAUUUUUGUGUCUCUAUGUGCAUUGACAUGUAUCAUUUUAUUAUACAUACUGUAAAGAUUUUAUAGAGAAAGCUUUUAAUUUCUUUAUGCAGCUGGUAUUUGUGCUGGUUCCUCACAGUGUACAGGAGUUACUUUUGUAGUGGGGGGAAAAAGAUUAAAUCCUGAGUUUAAACCAUAUUUUACAUCUUGUGCAUUUGACCUUUUCGAUAUUUUACUGAAAGGUCUUCCCAAAUUGUUUUUGUUCUCGAAUGUUUUUGUUUUGUGCUCAAAUUAUGGAAUAUGUAUGUUCCAAUUGUAAGUUUAGACCCUUACAUCACCGUUAGUCCCUGUUUUACAUCUGAGCAUUUAUUAUUGUUCCAUUAUUGCAUUGCUUCCGUAAUCAUCUCUGUCAUUGCCUCUUUAAUUUAACACUGGCUUUCUCUCAUGGUCCAGGCUUCAGUGCAUUAGUAUUAAGUAAUAACAGGAUAUCUUGACCUACAACAGGAAGAAGUCUUUAACACAAUUAUUUGCUCGCAACUUACCAAGUGCGCACACACACAUUUUCCGAACCACUUGUCCCAUACG